AUGCCGCCGAAAGGAAAGGACAAGGGAGGGGGAGGUAGCAAGACGGCGGUGGACAAGACGUUCGGUAUGAAGAACAAGAAGGGAGGCAAGGCGCAGAAGGCGGUGGCGCAGAUCCAGCAGCAGCAAAAGAUGGCGGGCAAAACCAAAGAGCAGCUUGCCAAGGAGAAGAAGAAGGAAGACGACAAGAAGGCGGCGGCCAAGGCGGCCAAGGAGCUUGCGGCGGAUCCGCUCUUUGCGAUAGUGCAGCCCAAGGUGCCGUUCGGAGUGGACCCCAAGACGGUCACGUGUGCCUUUUGGAAGGCUGGGCGGUGCGACAAGGGCACCAAGUGCAAGUACGGCCACAGCAACGAUGCCGGACGCAAGACGGAGAAGAAGGAUCUGUACGUCGACAUGCGCGACGAGAAUGAGGACAAGAAGAACGACACCAUGGACAAGUGGGACGAUGCCAAGCUCAACGACGUCAUCAUGUCCAAGCACGGCAACCCACGCGCGACGACGGACAAGGUGUGCAAGUUCUUCCUGCAAGCCGUCGAGGAUGGCAAGUAUGGCUGGUUCUGGGAGUGUCCCAACGGAGGUGAAAAGUGCAUGUACCGUCAUCGUCUGCCACCAGGGUUCGUGCUCAAGUCGCAAAAGAAGGAGCUCGAGGCGCUCGAAAAGGCCAACGAGAUCUCGCUCGAGGACUUCCUCGAGACGGAACGCCACAAGCUCGGAUCCAACCUCACGCCCGUCACCGCCGAGUCGUUCGCCAAGUGGAAGAAGGAGAGGAUGGACAAGAAGACGGCCGAACAAGAGAUGCUCAAGAAGAAGAAGGAGGCUCAGGCAGCUGCCAACAAGAUGGCCGGCUUGUCCGGCAGGGAGAUGUUCUCGCUCAAUCCCGACAUGUUUGUCGAUGACGAUGACGACGAUGACGAUGGAGAGUUCGACCUCAACCAGUACAUCACCAAGGACUGGGAACAAGGGCGACAGGAUGACGACGCACAACAAGGCAUCUCGGAAGACGAAGACGACGCCGACACAGCCGCCAACGGCAUCCGGAACAUGGCCGUUUGA